GUCUCAAGAAGCUCAAAGACUACCACUACCAUGUGUGUGACCUCUACCACCAGUAUGGACCCCUUGUAAAAGAACACUUUGGGUCGCAGAUCAUCGUGCAUGUGUUUGACCCAGCUGAUAUUCGCACUGUCUACGAGAAUGAUGGCAAGACCCCGUAUAUUCCACCUUUGCAGGAAACGACUCAAUUUUACCGUCAGGAGAAAGAUAUGUCACUUGGUCUUGGAAAUAUUAAUGGUGAAGAAUGGUACAAACUCCGCCAUGCUGUGCAGAUGAUGAUGCUCCGUCCUCGUGAAGUGAGUUACUACUACCCCUUGCAAGAUGGAGUGGCAAAAAAGGCUGUUGAGAAGCUAGCAGCAGAGGUCGAUGAGGAUGGGGUUGUCUCCGAUCUGCACACACUCAUUAGCCAGUGGAUUCUUGAAUCUGCAGGCAUGUGUUGCUUUGAGAGAUCCCUUGGUUGCCUUAGUGGAGGCCAUGAGGAAGAACUGGCAAAGAAUCUGGUCAGGACUAAUGUGGAAAUAUUUAAGCUGUCCGCUGAACUGAAGUUUUCAAUGAGAAUAUAUCGAUAUUUCAAGACGAGGAAAUAUAAGAAACUUCAUAAUCUUGAGGACUCUUUUUAUGGAAUCUCCAUAGACUUUAUCACAGAUGCACUGAACCACAUCAAAGGCCUUGCAGCAGAGAAUAAACUACAGGAGGGGGACUUCAACUUCCUCUCAUACUUGAUGUCGCGGAAGGAGCUCUCCCAUAAGGAUAUUGUGACCAUCACUCUGUCACUAUUUUCUGAUGGUCUUUCUACGACAUCACCUGUCCUCUUGGGGAACCUGCACUGUUUGGCUUUGAAUCCAGAAGUACAAGAACGGCUCUAUGAGGAAAUAAAAAAGAAUGUUGAUCAGUCUUCACCUAUCACAGUAAACAUAAUCAAUCGGCUGCACUACCUGAAGGCUUUUGUGAAAGAGGUAUUUAG